AUCCUGUCCUCGCCAGGCCCAGCUGCUGCUGGGACCCCAAGGUCUUCUAUGAUUCUAGGGUUCAGGGGGGCUGAGGGGCCGCCCCUGGUCCUUUCAAACACUCCGCCGGUCGAAAGCCAACCACAGCAUAGCUUCUUCAUACCGCUGCAACCAAUCAUCAGCCGCCGUGUUGGCGAGUAAAGGAAGGAUUUGAAGCUACGGGCUCGUCCAUCUUUCUUAAAGGCAAAAGGAUCUCGUGGAUGUCCCAGCCGUCUCUUCCCAACUUUGUCCCUCAAAAAGGGCCUGAAGCGGCCAUUGUAUUUAAGGGCAAGUGGAGAAAUGAGGCGAGAGAAGCCACCUAGGCGCCAUGUUUGAUAUGUUCGAGAGGGCUGGCGGGCAAUCAAUGGCAAUUGGAGCCAGAUUGUCGCCAUAUUUUUUGAAGGCACCUUCCGGGUCCCCUAACCCUGGUGUCUAGAAGUGAAUAAACACCCAGGAGUUUUUAUUUGUCUCCCUCAGAAUCCCUGAAUCCCUGGCAGCCCCUACUCUUUCGGUUCCGACGCCAAGGCUGGGCGGGCCACGGACCCCCGCCGUGCUUCCAGGUGGCCGACGAAAGCGAAGUCCCGGGGAACAGGCGGCCGCUGCUCGGCCCCAUGGUGCCGCCCCCAGCCCCGCUUCUGGCGCUGAGACCGGGGGAGACGCGGCCUGGUGGCCGGAAGCCCGGAGCCGUGCGGUUCGCGGACGUGGCCGUGUACUUCUCCCCGGAGGAGUGGGGGUGCCUGCGGCCCGCGCAGAGGGCCCUGUACCGGGACGUGAUGCGGGAGACCUACGGCCACCUGGGCGCGCUCGGAGUCCCGGGCCCCAAACCAGCCCUCAUCUCUUGGAUGGAACAGGGGAGUGAGGCUUGGAGCCCCGCCGCCCAGGAUCCCGAGGAGGGGGCACGCCUGGGUGGAGCCCUAAGAGGACACACCCCAAGCAAGCAGAAGGAAGAACCCCAAGAAGCGCUGGGAAUCCCAGGAGCUGCAGCCUCGCCAGGGAAGGCUGGGCCACUUCCCGCCAGCCCGGAGCCGCUCACUAACAAAGCCAUGGCCAAGGAGCAGCCGCCUGCCAAAGCUGCCUGGGACCCCACGGCCAGGGACGCCCAGGCCAGCCGGCGGCGGCACGUGUGCACGGACUGCGGCCGCCUCUUCACCUACCCAUCGCUGCUGGUCAGCCACCGGCGCAUGCACUCGGGCGAGCGGCCCUUCCCCUGCCCUGAGUGCGGCAUGCGCUUCAAGAGGAAGUUCGCCAUGGAAGCGCACCAGUGGAUCCACCGCUCCUGCUCUGGGGGCCGGCGGGGCCGGCGGCCUGGUAUCCGCGCGGUGCCGCGGGCCCCGGUGCGUGGGGAUCGGGACCCGCCUGUGCUCUUCAGGCACUACCCGGACAUCUUUGAGGAGUGUGGGUGGCAUGCCAGUGGUGGUUUUGUAGGGGCAAGCCAGCGGCCGGUACUUUGCAUCCACUCCAGUGGACCCUCAAGAGACCAUUGCCUGCUCUUUGGCGGCCCUAAUGCCCGUCCUCCCGUACUGGAGCCCGGGCUUGCGAGGCGUACUCGAGUAGCGAAGGCUUCGCACAGACCGGCCCGGCCGAGGGAGACGCUUGGUCAGUGGACCAGGCUUGCAGUUCCCAUGGCGCCGCCCCUGGCCCCGCUCCCCGUUCGAGAGUCAAACGGGGCCGGUCCCCAGGGCAGAAAGCCCGGAGCUGUGAGCUUCGCGGACGUGGCCGUGUACUUCUCCCCGGAGGAGUGGGAGUGCCUGCGGCCCGCGCAGAGGGCCCUGUACCGGGACGUGAUGCGGGAGACCUACGGCCUCCUGGGCGCGCUCGGAGGUGGAGGUGCCAAGCCAGCGCUCAUCUGCUGGGUGGAGCGAGAGGCGGAACAGUGGAGUCUGGAUGCCCAGGACCCGGAGGUGGCCCAGGGUGCGACGAAAGUGGACACAGAAAAUUCGAGAAACAAGGACGACAGAGGAGGAGAACGGACUGCAGUCCUGGAGAAGGCCCUUGCCAUGGACCCUCCUGCGCUGCCACCCACUGCCCGGGUGGCUUCUACUAGGCUGCCUUCUGGCCUGCAGAAGCCAGCAAAAGUGCCACGCAGGGGCCGCCCGCCGCUCUGUGCCCACCCCCUUGUCCCCCGAGCAGACCAGCGGCAUGGCUGCUACUUGUGUGGGAAGAGCUUUGCGUGGCGCUCCACGCUUGUGGAACACCUGUACACGCAUACGGGCGAGAAGCCCUUCCUCUGCCCUGACUGCGGUAAGGGCUUCGGCCAGGCGUCCUCCCUGAGCAAACACCGGGCCAUCCACCGUGGCGAGCGGCCCCACCGCUGCCCGGAGUGCGGCCGUGCCUUCACGCAGCGCUCGGCCCUCACCACCCACGUGCGGGUGCACACCGGCGAGAAGCCGUACCGCUGCGCUGACUGCGGCCGCUGCUUCAGCCAGAGCUCCGCGCUCUAUCAGCACCAGCGUGUGCACAGUGGCGAGACCCCCUUUCCUUGCCCCGACUGCGGUCGUGCCUUUGCCCACGCUUCAGACCUCCGUCGCCAUGUGCGCACUCACACCGGCGAGAAGCCCUACCCGUGCCCAGACUGCGGGCGCUGUUUCCGGCAGAGCUCAGAGAUGGCAGCCCACAGGCGGACCCACAGCGGCGAGCGCCCCUAUCCCUGUCCCCAGUGCGGCAGGUGCUUCGGCCAGAAGUCAGCCAUGGCCAAGCACCAGUGGGUACAUCGGCCCGGAGCUGGGGGCUCCAGGAGCCAGGGCAACAGUGGCCUGUCUGCAAGCCUGGCCCCUAGCCCAGGGGACCUGGACCCUCCUGUGGGCUUCCAGCACUACCCAGAGAUUUUCCAGGAAUGUGGCUGAAUGAGGGCCUCCAGUGGGACAAGGCUUGAGAGAGAUGAUACAGACGUUGACUGGGGUCCCAGGAAGACUCUGGGGCCUCCUAGGAGCUCACUUGAUCCCUGGCCCGAGCUAGACCUGGAAAGGGUGGGACUGAGGUUGGCUUUGACCCCUGUUGGCUUCCUCUGCUAGCAGCUUGCUCCUCCGUGUUGCAAACACUAGAAACAGUCCCCUCGUGCUCUCCCACCCCAGCAGCCCCCAUCUGGGACUGGGGAGAAAGGUCGCAUCAGUACCCGAGGGUUCAGAGCAUUGAAGCCCAUUUGUUACUGUUAUCUUCACUGCAUAGCGGACACUCGAGUGGCCAGGUGCCGACCCCGGCCUUUGGCUGCCUUAUUUAUUCAUGUAUUUAUUGUGCCCCAUGCAGCAGUUUUAAGUUGUUAGGAAUGAGUGGUUAAGAUUACAAGUUGGGUAUUUCAAACAAAAAUUGGUUUCUAGCUUCUCUGGAAAAACUCAAAGAUCCACAUCUCAACCACAAACCCUACAAUGAACUGAGGGGGAGGGGAGCCUGAACAGCAACCCCCUGCCCUCCAACAACAAGGCAGGAGCUGGAGCCAGGGGACCCCUCCCCUCCCUACUGUUUUGUCUCAGCUCUGGCCAAACAUUGGUAUGUGUCAAGCCCAAGCCACUGUCACAGCCGGCCUUCUGGCAUUUUCCACUCACCUGACCUGUGGUCACAUAGUUUUAGACCAUGGUAAUGGCGUUUGGGAACAUGGGAAUCUGUGAGCAGCUGCAGGAGAGAAGUAAAUGCGGACUGUGUGUUGGUUCUCCUGUUGUAUUUUCUGCUCGCCCAGUCCUG